UAUUAACACACCUUUUUAGACAUCUUUUUUUGUUUUUUAUUAGAAAGGACCCUCCGGGAACAGUGCUCUUCACCAACAACCGAAAUAAGCCACCAGCAAUGCAGUUCCCAACCACCAUCUCUUCGCUUUUCAUCCUCCUCUCCAUCGCGACCGCAGCCCCAACGGAAGAGAAGCGUCAAGGAGGUGCAAUCUAUGCUACGCAGACCUAUUACAGUGGCGGAGGAUGUACUGGCACAGCUGAUGGCGAGGCUACCUUCGCUGGCGUGAAUCUCUGCCAACCAAUCCGUUCUGUUCUCAGCAGCGUCGUCAGUGUCACUGCUGACUCAGUUACUGACGCUUUUGCUGACUGCGUGGUUCACUACUACACCGAUUCUGCAUGCACUGAGGGAGAUACCGUAGGCGUCAUUGAUCACUGCGAGCAAGCAAGCGCCCCAUUCGUGGCAACAAACGUUAUUUGCCCCACUUAAGAGGUUAUUUCCUCACGGACCUUUUGCUAUUGGAAAUGGGAACCGAUAAUCAAAAGAUGGAGUGCAAGGGACGUGCCCUGAGAUUUACCACCCAAACAAGUUGUUGGGAUGCCGGCAGGUCGAUGAUUCUACGUCCUUGAUACAAAUAGCAAGCCUGGUUUGUCAAUAACUUCCUUUUCAAUAGCGAGGUUUGGAGAAAUAAAUACAUUCGAUUUGUUUGAAAUCCCCAG